AUGAAAAUUGGAAUUAUUGGUUGCGGCAACAUGUGCGAGUGCAUCCUUAAUGGACUCGUUUUGAGUAAGGAGUAUCCGCCAGAGGAAAUUUGUGUUUUUAACCGAACCGCCGCGAACCUCAAACGAUUGUGUGAGCAGUAUGGGGUUCAGGCUGGGAAGGACGCGGUGGAUGUUGUCCGAAGGUCGAACGUCGUAAUGCUUGGUGUUAAGCCGUAUGCCGUUUGUUCAGUGGUCGAGAAAAUACGGGACGCCGUCACAGAUGACAAAAUCAUUCUUUCCGUUGCGGCGGCCAUCAAGAUUUCCUCGAUAGAAAAGGCAUUGGGACAUGCACGGAAGGUCGUGCGCGUGAUGCCGAAUGUUCCGACGCGUGUGGGUGUCGGUCUCACUUCUGUCACACCAAACGCCCUGAUGACACGCGAAGAUACGGCGCUGAUUUUAAAAAUGUUCAGCACUUUGGGGAAAGCGGUGGAAGUGGCGGAGUCGCAGAUUCACGCGGUAAUUGCCGUGGCCGGCUCUGCUCCCGCGUAUGUGUUUAUGUUUAUGGAGGCGAUGGGCGAUGCGGCUGUGCAUGGUGGACUCCCCAGGGAUCAGGCAUACGAGUUUGCGGCGCAGGCGGUGAUGGGUGCGGCGAAGAUGCUACAGGACAGUGACAUGUCGCCAGCACAGCUGAAAGACAUGGUGUGCUCACCUGGUGGUACGACUAUUGAGGCGGUGCGGUCGCUUGAAAAGGGAGGUCUGCGUUCCACCGUUAUUGAGGCCAUGAUUGCAUGUGCUGAUCGCUCCAAAGUGCUGGAGGCCAAUCUAAACUAG